GUCUCCAAAGCCUGUGCCUGCUCAGAGUAGAGCUAGUUUAGCCCCACCCUCUGAGCAGUCCAGCCUUUAUUUAUAUGAAAUCUGUGGUCCAACUGGCUUCAGAUGGCGUGUGUAUGUGCGUGUGCCUGCCUUCUGAGUGUGUGAGACGAGCUGGGAUCAUGAGCCAGGGUUGUUCCAAGUGGUUUUAAUCAGCAGCCCAUUAGAGGAGAACGGAAAACUUCUAACAGGAUAAGAACUGAGUUGUUCCCGUACUCCAAUAGGAGGCUACUUACCAAGCCUCUGCUCAUCUGGAACCUGUGACUUCUUGCCAGGCACCAGGAAAGUGCUCAGCAGCAGAAAUGGGGAAAUCUCUCGCUAGUUUUGGGUAAAACGUGCCUUGGCUUUUUUUAUCCUGGCAAGACGUGGCUACUUGGACUGCAUCUGCAAUGUGGCAAAGGGCGAAGUGAGGACGGCAAAGAGGACAUGGUUUGUGGGCAAGUCCCCAAGUGCCGCAGGCUUUGUCGCCCUCGUCCCUUCCUUCUGGCCUUAGUGGUGGCCAUCUGUCUGUUCUGCCAGACCCUGACUCCACUCAUGACCAGCAGCAUCCUUUCGGCCGUUGUUAAUGGGAUUGCACCCAACAAACUGACUAAAACACAGCAAGGCAGAUACAAGGAGGUCUCCCCAAGCAACACUCACUGCUUCCUCCCUGGCAGUAAUUCACAGACAGUGAAAAAGAUUGACGACUCCAUUCUUCAGUACUUUGGAAGCCAUACAAGAAGAGCAGUUCUGUACGCACCUCCUGCUCAUCAUGAAACCGACCGCCAGCUCUGUCAGCGCAUCCUGGCAAAACAUGGAUAUACAGUCACAGUCCUUGAAAACAGGGGACUGACGGAAGAUCCCAGGCAUGAGGGCCCUUACCACAGUGGUAUAAGCCCUUGGGAUCUUUUGAUCUGCUUAUCUUCCAGAAAAAAUGAUGGUACUGGCUGCAUUCAAAUGGAAAACUUUCAUCAUCUAGAGUUAUUCCAGAAGGUUAACCUACUUCCAGAAAUCCAGCAUUUCCUUUGCAGAAAAGAGGGAUUAUGCCAGAUAACAAAAGCCUUUUCAGACCUGCAGCUCCCAGUUGUCACCCCAGAGUGCUCCGGUCAGCCUGGGCUGUCAAAGGCCAGCACAGCAAGCAACAUGUCCCAGGGCCACGAAGGCACUGACAAGACACGUACUGCCCAUCUGCAGUACGGGUGGAAGCAGAGCACAAGCGCACAGCUGAAUCAAGUAUCAGCCUCACCAGGCCACAUGGACAUCCUUAAAGCUCAAGACGUUUCUGUCAUCAUCAAAGCAUAUGUGCUUGUGACAUCCUUAACACCUCUGCGGGCAUUCAUUCAUUCAACCACCACAGUCUGGCAUCCACCCAAGAAGAAGCACUUUUCUGUAAAGCUGCAAAGGUUUUUCGAGAUAUUCUUCAAGAGCAGUUCUCCCCAACAAGCCUUCAACAACAUGAAGGAAGCUAUAAGCAAACUUCUACUUAUAACUGAGGUCUUCAGUGAAUCAUCUGCCUCAGGACCAAAUUCUUUCAAUCAAUGCAGUCAAUGUUUUCAAAUGCUAACCUUUGACAUUGGAUUCGGCACCUCCAUAUACCCUGUAGUUCUUGAGGUUCAUGACAAGUUUGACUUUCAGGAUGACGAUGAAUCAAAUAUUCAGGACCAAACUUUCAAAGAAUUUCUUUUUGAAGAUACGUUUAAAUUUCUCUUAUCUAAUGAAUCCUCAACAUCCAGUUUCAUAGAAGCUUUACAAAAAAUACAUGGAUCAGAUGUGAGCAAGGGUGGAACUUACCACAGAGAAGAUGAGCAAUGUUUGUCUUUAGAAGAGAUAAAUUCAAUGAUUACUUUCAUAAAGGAGCUGAAGAAUCUGGGACAAUUUGAGCUGCUUUUCCCUUCUGCUGCACCCAAGAUUCAAACUUUACUGCGUGACCUUUAUCACAUGGUAGACCCAAUGAGACGGCUUGGUUCAGUCCUGACUGUGCAUUGGUUGCUUUCCAGUUUACUUGAACAAUUCCAGUUCAUGACUAAAGAGGCACAUACAAAUCUUUCAGAAUGGAAUUCUCAAGAAAAUGCAAAUCCUAAGCAGAAUGUUCCUUCUGACUUAAGGAAGAAUCAUGAAGUAUUGCAUUAUUCCAGUAAGACUAAAGAAAGACAAUGCAGUUAUGAUAAAGAUACCCUAUCUCAUAUCAGGCAGAUCUUCACCAGUCCACAGCUGGACUUGAAUCCUCAGUUUAACCCAAAGACCAAAGAAUACUACGCAGAAGUCCCAUUCGACAUAGUGACAGUGAAGAUAGGAGCAGAACCCUCUAACUGUCAAUGCCAAGUACACCUUGAUGAGAAGAAAGGGCCAAGCAUUGCUAACUACCCCCUUGGCCUUGGAUUGAACAAAGUCAUCAUUCUCGUAACAGAUGAUUCGCAGCCCAACCCUCUGAUUGUGAGCAGCUACAAAAUCACAAUUUAUCGAGAGGACCGCCCCAGUCUGCCUUUAUUUGAUGACUAUAUGUUGUGCGGGUUUGUGCAGGACUGUGGUUCUCGAAUUCGUCCAGAGGAGUCCUGUGGCUUACAGCCUCUGUCUCAUGAAUACCUCUCAGCAAUUUCACAGACAAUGUUUAAGACCUGUGAAGCUGGAGACACAAAAGGACAGUGGAUUGUCCCUUGCCUCAGCUGCUCUGACAACAGGACCUGUGACUGGAGAGAAAUAACAUGGCAGCCCCACGGCUGCCAAUACUCUGUGCUAGCCAAGUCCGAGCUCCAGCGCUGUGUGGAAGGCAGAAGGAUUCUUUUUAUAGGUGACUCAACUAACAGAGGAAUGAUGUACUAUCUAAUAGAAAGAGUGAAUAAGACUCUUCAGGAAUGGCAAAAGACUCAUGAUGUUAAAAGUUAUCAUAAUAUCAAUGAGGGGAAAACAUUUAUCAGCUACUCCUACUACCCCCAGUUUUGGAUGAACACAAACCAGAGACCGACUUUUGAAAAAGCAUUAGAACAACUGCUGCAGAGAUCACGUCCCCUGAAGAACACAGACCAGACCGUAUUAAUUGUAGGUGGUGUUCAGUGGCUUAAUUCCAAUCACCUGCAAAUUAUCCAUAAGGUGUUGAACAGGGAAAAUCUAUCAAAUAUCCUGGUAAUUAUCAAAUCCAUAGGGAUGGGCUUUCACCUCCCAGUGGAUGGAAUACAUUCUCUAUCACAGGCAGAAGUGCAAAACUUGUGGAAUGAAAACUUGAUUAUUCUGGAUACAGCAAAAAAUUUCGGAUAUGAAGUUGUUGACACCUUUGUCAUCACCAUGGGCCGCUACAAAGAAUUCUUGCAAGGGAAAUGUGGCUGCCAUUUCCAUGAGGUGGUGAAAUCCAAUCCCUCUGAAGAAAGUCCGCAUGUACCAAUGACGUUAUCAAGGCACUAUACACUGGGGAAAUAUUUUGGCAGUCAAAGCAAGCCAUCACAACUGCAGGACUAUGCAACAAAUUCUCAGUCCCCAUAUCAUGUCCGAGGUCCAAUAAAUCAAGUUUAUUCUGAAAUCCUUCUCAGCAGGCUCUGUGCAAGUAAGAGGGAGCUUGUCAGCACAUAGCCUCUCUUGGAUAUAGUACUGGGACUAGGGAUAUGCCACUACUUGUGUAAAAAUCGAAGGACCAUGGUGAAUUUAUGACAUACUUCCUUGAUUGGCUGCAUACACACUAACAGAGUUUGGGACAUGUGGCAUUUUCCUAAAACUUCAUGAAAUCAAGAUAUGCCCUGGCAACUCUGUGGUGUCAAAAUGGAAGAUGGAGAAUUGCAAAGCAGAGAAGAGAGGGAGUUAUUUGAACUGUUGCCAAAGGCUAGAACAGCUGUAGUUCAAGCAGCUGUGUAUUAAUGAUAGUAAAGACAGAGAAAUAUAUACACUUGAACAAUUUGGAAAGGAUUGUUUUAGCUCUUCAGCACUAUCUAAUUUUCUAUUUAUAGAGACACUGUACUAUUUGAAUGUAUUUAGAAACUGGCUACAUUCCAUUUUAAAGAGUUGUUUUAUGUUGAUGGGUUCCCCUUCAAUACCAAACCUUUUCUAUUUCAACACUUGGUUUAUACAAUUUGAAAAUGUCUAUUAGCAUUUUACUGAUGAUGCCAAGCUUUGAACUCUAGUGUUUUUAGUGAAAACACAUCCCUUCUUUCUGUCUUAGAUGGAACAGAUGUCUACUCUAUUUUUUGCAUGUUCUAAAGCUAAUGUAGAGAUAGAUUACUUAGACUUGAGACUGAUUAUAACUUCCUCGAUGUAACAUGUAAAUAUAGUGAGUAUGUUAACAUAACCUUAUUUAUGGUCCCAGUUUAGGAGAAUGGCCAUAUGCAGUAAGACUGCUCAGAUGUGUGCUUCAGUGCCUACCUUGCCCUGUAAGCCAAGCAAGUAUUCUACCCACAUGGCAGUGCCAUUUCUUUCAUGAUUUUUUAUAAAAUACUUGCCAAUGUGUGAAGCCAGUACCACAGCAGAAGAAAAAUCCCCUUUGCUAAUAUACAUAAGAACUUUGGGAUCUGGUUUUUAAUCUGUCAGGAGGAGUGUGUGAUGUGGUGGGAACAGAAUGUACUGCCUUCAUAUCACGCUUGGCAAGAACAAGACCUUCUCUGAACACUAGUUUCAUAGUGCAGCCCAGCUACAUGACUGAUAUUUGCGAUCUGCUCUGGGUGAAACCCCAAGGAGAGGUUUUACCACCGCAGGGGGGAACUGUCUGCUGAUCCCCUGCCAUAGCAUUGGCAGCACACUCACUCACCGUUGUGGUGCCCUGAUGGGAAACCAGGCAUGGUCCAGGCUUAGCAGUUGAGUGAUGGGUUAAUGGCACCCCGUAAGACUGUUCUCCCUACAAAUUAUCCAGUUAUGGAUUUUUAUAAAUCCAGUCAUGGAGCAGGCAAUCAAGGCACCACUCUCUCCCACUAUGCACUAGAGAAGGGAGUAAGAACCAGGUAAGUAUGAGUCUAAUGAAGGAUCCGAUGAGCUCUGUGGCAUACUUGCCCCUUCACAAUUUUACAUAUAAUUCUCCAAUAUCUUCUAGUGCCUUUGGGAAAAGAAGCUGCAAGCAAUGUCAGGUUAUAAACAGAUUAUAACACAGAACUAAUCACCAUCCUAUUGGCCUCAGUAGCACACAGAGGGGCUGCUCUAUUUAGAAGUAGGGCUAGAAAUUAAUGACACAACAUUUAGGAUUUGCCAAAGAUCCUUAAACUCAGCACAGUCUGUAUCCUCAGCUGAAGUUUUGUGAAUUCUUUCUCCUUCAGAUAUGUUGGGAAAUGUGGUAUGAUGGGAAAUUUUCAUGUAAUAUGGAGUUUGGCUUCCCUAGAUGAUAUCCAGAUCCUCAAAAAGAUGAUCUGAAAUGUCUAAUCUAGAGGACCUUCCACUAUAUUGUCAAAGCUCCUAAUUUAAACAAUAACAUUACAUUUAGUGAGACAGUGUGAUUACCUCUGUUUCUGUAUAAAAUGCUGCUGCUGUGCCCACAGAAAAUGUCCCUGUAUUUCUAUGUAAGGUUUUCCCCAGUCUGGAGCUUUACAUGAAAGAUGGGUCAGGAGCUGUGCAUAAAUACUGAAAAUGUCAGCAUUUGGUUUUGAGCAAUAUGAUUAUCUAAGGAAUAUAAUUGUAUGCAAAUGAUAUAAUAUAUACUCUUGGGUCUGGAACUCCAGGGCUGCACAACCUUAAAGCUGAAGGACUUAAUAUCAUGCCAUUAAUUUUAGUAGAUGCAAAAUGCAGCCAGAUGUCUUUUGUAUUAAGAUGAUCAAUGAUAGGUGUAUUACAAUUCUGCUCUAAGAAUUUUUUGUAGCCUGUUUAAAUCCACAUGCUGUUACUGUUAUUGUUCUGUACACAAAUGUUUUUAAGGCAUGAAGUGGGUUUUUAUGUUUUGGGUUUUUUUAUAAUCAAAGCCUAUUGCUGAACCAUCAGCUAUAAUGAUGAUAGCUGAUACCAGCAAAUGAGCAAUUCAUCACUUCAGGUUUCACCACAAAAUGGUUUACAUGUGCUGUGCACCCAGAUGUCUUAAUGUUUUCAAAAUCUUAAUAUUUUUCAAAUGUAUCAAGUGGAAAUUUUCCUGUGUGUUUUGUAUUUUUUGUAUAUCUAUGUACAUAUAUAUGUCUGUACGUCACUGGUACAAUUUGCAAAUUGAUCUUUAUUUAAAUCAGUCCUUUGAAUAAGUUUUUUCCAACACUACAUAUGAUCCAUGUAAUUUUAGGAAUAAACAAAGGGAAUGUAGACUAAGCCAAAUACUGAGGUACAUCUUUCAUUAUUUAACUUUAAAAUAUGUCUAGCAUCUCUAGGUAUAUGAAAGAAGAGAGGUGAGAUUGACAUGGAAGCAUGACUUGCUCAUACUCAUUAACAUUUAUGGAUUAAGACAAUAAAAGA